AUGGCUGUGUUCAUGUACACAUUAGUUUCUAUGACCGCUGUUAAUCACGUUCUGGGGGCAUCACUGUCCAUUUCUGGAUCUUCAUCUUAUGCAGUGUUGAAUAAGCCGUUUACCUUGACGUGUACAGUGUCACAGGCUGCUGAUCUCAGUGAUAAAGUACAAUUCCUUAAGAAAACCGCAUCUGAUGUGUUAGUUUCCCUCAGACAGAAUGGUGGCUGGUGUUCGUUGUUCAGUAGACCACCACAAGGUUACAUUGUAUCCUGUGACAGUGGAACAGACAGCAGCUUGUCCACCACUAAGACGUAUACUCUGAGAAUCAACAGAGCUGCAGUUAGUGAUGCUGUAGACUGGUGGUGUAAUCUAGAUACAGCUAGAACACGAAGCAACACAUUUAGGCUGCAGCUCAGCAGUGGUCCAGUCUCUGUUACAUUCAGUCCAUUACCACCUGGGUCUGUAGCAGAAGGAGACAGUCUGUCUGUGACAUGCGCUGCUAGUUGUAUACCACCAUGUUCCUAUUCCUGGACUCCGAGACAUCAACCGAUCUCACCAACCUCUCAGUUAAAACUGACAAACAUAAACAGGAGUCAUACAGGGAAUGUGUACACGUGUACAGCGACCAACUCAUUUUUAUCAACAUCUAAAACUAAACAGAUCACACUGACGGUGUACUAUGGACCAGACAGUGUCCAGAUAAACACCACUUCUCUUCUAACAGUGAAGGAAGGUGACGAUGUAGCUGUGUCAUGUGGAGCGACUGACUGUUCUCCAUCCUGUUUUUCCACAUGGAAGUUUAACUCUCAGAACCGAUCUUCAAUCACGUCUCUGACUUUGAACUCGAAGUCUACACCGGUUACAGUUGAUGAGUUGACUCCUAUGAUUCUGAGGUGUGAUGUUACCAGUAAUCCAGGAUCUGAUAUCAAACUUUUGAAUAACUCACAGACUCUGCGUGAAGUGGCAAACUCUAAACAGGCUGAGUACACGUGGAACGAGGCUGGAUGUCUGGAUACAGGACACUACACGUGUGAAGCAGGAAACGACAUCAAGUUAGCUGUCAGUGAAACUGUGCAACUUGUUGUCAGAU